CAUGGAUGCCCAACGAAGUGACCUACUCCGAUCUCCAUAGGGCCGGCCUGUUCUGCUUGGAGCACCUGGCUCGUGACCCAGCUGCACAGGUCCUAGGAAUAGUGCUUCUCAUAGACUAUGGCGGAUUCACGGUGGACAAACUCUUGUCUACCAGCAUCGGCCUCAUCAGAAAGGGCCUGGAAUACUUACAGGAUUGCAUGCCUAUGCGGUUGAAGGCAGCCCACCAUGUUAGGCAGUCGUAUGCUUUCAACGUGUUGUUCGCUCUCAUCAGGCCAUUCAUCAAAGCCAAGCUAGCCGAAAGGUUACGGCUACAUGGGCAAAAUUUCAAAAGGCUGCACGAGGAAAUCUCGCCCAAGGCGCUUCCCGAGGAAUACGGAGGUCAGGGACCACCACUGGAUCCCGAGGAAUGUUGGAAGGCUGUGGACGCCGACGAGGAUUACAUCGCCGCUUGCAGCCGCUUCGGAUAUUUCACGAACGACCAGUACGACGAUCUUCCCACUGAACCCGAGCCACUACUGGAACUGACUUCUUUGUGAAGAAAUGAAAACAGCUCAAACAUGGGGCACGCGAGCUAGUUGAUAAUGCUCUGAAAUGUCAGCCUGCUUGCUGACUAAAAUGGCUUUGACCGUUCCACUGCUACUCAUGAGUUAGUAGGUUCGAUCGAUUCCGGGCUGCGGUCUGAUAAGGGAGGAUUGAAAUGAACGGAAUCCAGAUGAAUGGUCAGACCAAUUUCUCGAUGUGUCUGCUCCCGUACCCACAUUCUUUCUCGGUGGGAGGAUUGCAAUCUUGGGAGAAUACGGGCUGUGGCAGGCCUUACACCUUCCGCCAUCUCGGCCGGGGGCCCUCCAACAACUGAAGACUUUUCGAACUGUCCAAAAAGUACGGCUACAGCUUUUACAGUGGACAUUUGCCACCUGUUGCGGCUUUGCCAUAGGAAGAGAGAACUCGAGGGAAGAUACUUUGAGCUGUCGAGCUACAAAUGGAUCAGAUAAUUACAGACGUUGGCGCGUGGACGAUAAGGUCCCCAAGCCACUACAACUCCUACGUGAGGAGCGCCCUCCACGCGUUUCUUUUAAAUAAACGUCUCUUCCACAGAACAGGCUGCACGAAAAAAAUAGAGAAAGAGAGGGACAGUUAUGCUAGAAAAUAUGUGAAGUCGGUCUGAAUUCCUGGCCUGCUACUUAUCAUUGGGGAAGGGUAAUGCGAAUACGAUGUACUGAUCAGAUAUUGGUGCACUUUAACGUAACUCUCAGUGUAAUCUAUUUUUAUCGUUGAAUAAAUGUUUCUUCUCUCUCUCAGUGAACUAUGCGCGAGCGUGUUCCAACUUCUAUUUACAUUUUUAUUUUAAUAUUCUGUGUCGUUUGUAUCUUCGUUCAAGCUGGUGUAACUUUAUAUUUAAGCAAGGAGGUGUACCAGGCAUCACCCAUGAUGCCAACUUCUUCUACAAACAUAUUUUAUUUUAAUAAUAAUU